AUCGUCACCGGACAGAUGAGAGUGAUCCUGGAGAUCGUGUUUGAUCUGUGCAUCUGCGCCAGCUUGUGUCUCGUUGGCGUGGUCACGAACAUCCUUGACCUCGCUGUGUUUUCCAAACAAGGCUACAAGUCAACGGUGAACAUCUCCAUGUCCUUCAUCGCGUUCUUCGAUCUCAUCAAAUCGUCUGCCGGUCUGGCCCACCGUCUUUACGGACCGGUCCUCCUUUUCGACGUGGUCCUGGCCAAAACGUGGGAGAACUACACGCGCGCCAGCCUCGCCUUCGUUCAGACUUUUGCCGUCUACAUCUCCAGCGUCCUGGCGGGCUACGUGGCCGUCGAGAGAUGCCUCUGCGUCCUCAUCCCGUUCACGGUUAAAUCCAUGCUGACGCCGAAGUUCACGUGGAUCACGAUGACGGUGGUGUCCGUCGUCGGCAACGGCUCUUUCUGGGUCGUGUACGCUUUCUACGACUACGCGUGGGAGUACAAUCAAGCGUACAACCGAAGCGUCGGCAACUACAAGUUCAGCGACUUCUACAAACGCAACGUCGACGUCGUUGUUCCGUAUUACAACACCAUCGGCAUCCUGUGGCCCUUCGCCAGCCUGGUCGUGAUGUCCGUUAGUACGAUCAUCAUCGCCUACCAGCUCGGGAAAUCCUCGCGGUUCCGCAAUUCCAACAAACCCGGCACCAAGCAUUCGACCAAACAGGCCGCGGUGGCCAACGUAUCUAAGCUGAGCACCCGUGACAAGCAAGUGGUCAAGAUGCUGAUGGCCAUCAUUCUGGUGUACAUCGUGGCCUUGUCCCCGAGGAUAGCUCUCUUCAUAGCAAAAUUUUUCGAACCGGAACUCUAUUUGCUGAAAACCUAUCACAACCUCUUCUUUGUGCUCGCGUACUCUUGCUUCAUUUUGGACUUCAUCAACUCGACCAUCAACUUCUUUAUCUACAUGUCUAUGAGCUCACAGUUCAGGGCCACUUUGUACGAACUCUUUAACAGGAGCGUAAAGACGGCGUCAUAG